UCGGUUGCCGCGAUUUGGUUAUACAAUGGCGUUUGUGACCCUGCACGAGAGGAGGGGGUCGUGAAGAGGCGGUGAGCGGAUGGAAAUUAACGGAAGGAAGCGGAGGAAAAUGUGCAAGAGAAGAUGGUGCUCGAGUGGAAAUGUUAGAAGACGAUGAGUUGGAAAAGAGUUGUCUUGCCUCAAGGAGAGAAAUAUUUCUUUCCGCGGCUGUCGCUUUAAUGGCUUUUUCUUGAAGAAAUGCGGGGCAGUUUUUAGAAGUAGGGAGAUGAUCACCCUUGCAAUUGGCACAACAAGGAGGGGAAUUAAGAUUUGGACAAGUUUCAUUAAUAGGAUCGUGUUUUUUUCCACCGCAACGAAUGCACUUGGGUUGGCUUUUGCAUCGAGAGGAGACGUGAUUAAAAUAUAAAACAGGAGAAGCAAAUUUUUACGGGGGCAAGCCAUGGAUCAACCGGAUGCCGAACCUGGCAGAUAGAGACUGAUUUUGGACGAAUUCGGCCCUCAAAUUUGAGGUAGAUCGACUGAGUGGGGAUUAGCUUUGAGACACCGUCGACUGUGACUUUACGGUUUUGGCGUCUUACGUCAAGGAUGCUAUGAGGAGAAUUUAUGUUGUCUAAGAUUGCCUCUUUAGAAAAGUCCAAAGGAACACCUCUAAAUUAGACCCUUACAGGAGAGUAAGGAAUCUGGGAUGAAAGCAAUCAGGUUGUCAGCGGAGAGUUCAGGUAGAGAGAAAAUUUGGUUCGCGGAUGAAGAAUUAGCCAGAACUAUUGAGACUUGUUGUCUUCCGGAGCUGUAAAUAUCCAAAAUCUGGUUGUUGGAUAGUCUGCGUAAGAGAAUUUUUCCAAUUUUAGUUGCAUUCAUGCGAGGAGUCUUAGCGUCGAAUUGAGCGGGUUGAAUGAGAACGAUGAACGGUCCUCUCGAUUUAUUGCUGUAACGAUUUCUUGAAAGUCGUUGAGGAGUGUUCUCCUGUGGUGUUGAUGUGGUGCAAUUAUGAAGAGUCGCUGCGGAACUGGAAGCCGUGUUAGUUGAAGUUGGACGCUUGGAAUUGUUGAUAAAAUCUUCAUUGUCGCCUAUUUCAUGAGAGCGUUUCUUGGGAUCGUCUAAAGCGUUAUCAAAAUCGCCUUCCUCCAUGCCAGUGCCCUGUGAAGAGGCCAUGUCUCUACCCGAGGGCGAGACAAGCCGAGAGGAGUGUUUUGAAGUGUUGCUUGAAGCUAUUGCUCGCGAACUGUCACUUAUUAUCGUGACCAUCGUGACACAGAAAGGGCUCAAUACCCGAAAAAAAGAACCUCUCCUCAAGAUGGCAGGUGGAGAUGUGGAACUUUGUGGUUUUUUAGAUGCAAAAUUACCCGGUGGUCGAGGCAUGUCGCAGAGAGUGAAAAAGCGUUCGCUAGCUCCGUGGAAAGUUUGGCGAAGACAUUGGUGUUCAGUGAGAAAAUUGGGUCCUGGUUUAGGAGUUGAAAUUCAACUCGAUUGUGGCAUAAGCACCAAUGGUGGCUCUGUCGUUCAUAAUGAUGGUAAAAAUUCAAUAAAAGUACCAUUUGACUCGAUUUUAUGUAGAACCGAGUCAAGAACAAAGCAAUUUGCUUUUGGUAUAUUUCCACCAAAAGAAAGAAAACCACUGCUCUACUUGUGUAGUACAUCAGAAACAGAGACUCAAAGGUGGAUGGCCAAUUUGAGGCAUCUCUUGAAACCAAGGAAGCACCGAUUUAUGGAAGGAACUUUUAACAUGUCCAUGGUUGACAAUACACACUCGAGAGCAGCAGGAUUAACCGGUCUCCACGGUGAUCUUGUAGCAAGUCGUUCAGGAGUUUUUAUCAAAGACGUGAGCACAGGUGACAUUGUUGAAAAUUUCGAAUGGAAAGAAAUGAGUCAAUUUCAUUUGUCAACAUCGGGACGUCCCGAGGAUGUAAAACGCAUAUGCGUAAUUCACACGACGAAAGAAUUUCGAAACGGCAUAGGUGAAUUGCACAUCUUCUGUUUGAACGCAGCGAAACUUCUUCAAGAUUUAGUAACGCAAGGUCGCGGCCCAAGAUUACGUCAUGUGACACAGCGUCCGUUGAGCCUCAGCGAAGGAGAUUUGAGGCUGUCUAUACACAAUGACGUGGAUUUUGGAAAUUUUCCUGUUCUCAAGAGCAAAGUAGCCUCGAGUUUGAUAAACGCUGGUCUUGGUAUUUUAUUAUCAUCACGCUCGGGCAGCGAAGCGAAAUUAAUUAAUGAAAUGGCGGAGAGCCACUGUACGGAGAAAAUUAAGUUGAGUUAUAUCGUAAGGGCUCAUGCCGUUGAAAAUGUUUAUCAACCGGAACCAGAGAGUGCACCGAACAUAAACUCGAGUCUCGAGGAACUCGAGGAGGGAUCUUCGCCCCGUCGAGUCUCCAAUAUUUCCACGGCUUCCGGAAUUUACGAAGAAAUAAUCGAGACUCUGCCAACUAAUUCCUUCGACAUUCGAAUUCAUUCCAACAUCUACGAGGUACCUGAAGAUUUAAUCUUGAAAAAUUCGAAUUUUCGAGAAAAACCACCGCCUUUACCGCCGAGAAAACUUUGCGGCUCUACCGCAACCAGAAACGAAAGUUUGAGCGACGACGGUCUGGAUUCGGAAGGUGGCACGCGAUCGGUCACGCCCUGCACUCAGGACGAAAGAACACCCGAAGACAAGGUGUCACCGGGGACUCGAGAAAUUUUUGAAAAUACCGAUUAUGUGCCAAUGUCGCCAAGACUAAAAGAUCUUGCUUUACAGCAUUUGCAAACAAAAAAAGCAACGCAGGAAGAAGUUUAUAUGGUUAUGAGAUAGAUCAAACGUUUUCAUAUUAAUUUUCGAUGUUUUCAAAACGACGAAGAAGAUAAAUAUGUCACAGCAUCAUAGCAUUACGAGAUUUUGACGAGAAUCUGCGAAGUAAACACUGUCGAAUUUUCAAACUCGCUUUUAUCAAUUUUUCUGUUCAGUAAAAGUUCUCAAUAACAUACAUAUUUUAUAGUAAACGUUGGUAACGGCCAUGAUCAUUUCGAUUUUAUGAGAGUCGUCGCUCGCUGCUGCAUCAAGACUUGGGAAAGAAGAUUUCUAAAUCAAAAGUCAAUGCUGAGCAAUUAUAUUCAUUUUUCUUAUUUCAGUAUGAAUCUGGAAUGAAUCUAGCCUGUUAUCAUUGUUUUCAAGAUUUAAAGUAAGGGAUUGACAUUUUUUUAGAUGCUAAUACGAAAAUCUGGAGUCUCUGGAAGAUUGCAGAGCCUGGAAAAAAAUUCCUUUGUUGCUACAAAUAGCUCAAUCACUCAAUAUUAAUCCUUGAAAGAGUCAUUGUUAUUUUAUAAAUAAUCACAUAAGCGAAACGGAAAGCGAGUUAAUUUAAGAUUGCUUGGAAAAAAUUAUAACCCAAACAAUUCAAUCUCAAUAAUGAUUCAAUACUAGUGGCACUUUGUGAUAAAAGCGCAAAAGGUGCUUAUUGCUGCUGUACCUCGAGUAACAAAAAGUUCAACAAAAUCAUUGAAAUUUCUGCCCAAAUAAUUGCAACUGGAAAAUCAACGUUGAUCUUUUCGGGACGGGAAUUUUUACAUUUUUAAGUUGAGCUUUUGAUUUAUAAUAAGUUUGUGCGUAAUAUCAAUGAAUUUUUAACGUCAAGUGCUCAAGUGUCCAACCAAACUAGCGGUCAAUAUUUCGACCAAACCUCCUGUCCUGAAAAGCUUAAUGCAACCGGAGUCUUUUUGAAAGACUCCCGUUUUAAACGCCACGUUUUUAAAGAAAACUAAAGAUUCUUGUGACACGGUCGGUUUACUAUUUUCAUAUGUCCUGCUUAUACAAAGAUAAUAUAUUCCAUAACGAAAAGACUUUUGUACAAUUUGACGAGAAACGGUGUUCCACUUUUUUAUGCCACUGCAACGGGGAAAAUAUUUCCAGAAAUACAUAAUGAAAUUAGCAUUUGUGUUGGUCUGGAAAGUAAAAUCUAAGAAGUGUAAGGCCUACGAUCACGAAUCGACCACAUUAGAGUAUUUUUCCUGAUCCAAAAUAAUCAGACAUAGUUUUUUUAUACGAAUUUCGAAUGUCGUCAAAAAAGAAAAUAUAUAUGUAUGAGUAUAUUAAGGAAUUUUCCGAACAAUAACUUUACAUAUCUCAAUGAUUAAUAUUAAAUAGAAAUGGCAUAUCAAAGUCUUUGAUGCAAUUUUUUUUUAGCCAAAUACGUUUCUAAAAAUGUUAUUGCUCGCGCCAAUUACCUGUACGGCCUUCUGCUGUGUGCCCCCCCCCCCCCCCCCCCCCGUCAUUAUUCAUAAGGAAAAAAAUAAUUAUGAUAGUCUUUGAUUUCGGAGGAUGAGAAAAAUAUUGCUACGUUCCAGUUCGCUUUUCACGCAAAUUGUACUUCUAUAGUGAGUUGCCAUUGGCUCGUAUUAUUCAAUUUAUGUAAACAUUAAACAAAAAAAAGUUAUUCAGUGUUCGUUCAGAGUUGAAUAUUAAAACAAUAACUUGCAAUUUCUUGAUCGAUUGCAUAGAGCAUUUUAAAAGUGUAGAUCAAGUGCAACAUUUUUCCAUUGUCAUUGUACUUGGAAGAUGAAAAUUUAUAGUGCGAAUUUUGCUUUGAAUUGAAAUAAAUUCAGAAUUGCUAAUACUGAACACAUUGUUGGCCAAAAUAUCAGUGUUACAUUGCAAUUUGUCAAUCGCGCUUAUAUCAUGUAUAUUAAUUGAUUGGAUUACUAAGGAAGGGGGUUGAACUAAAUUGUGAUAAUACCGAUCGGUAGUUCGUUCGUCUCCCAGAAAAAUUUUUGUUCAAAUAAUAAAUAAAUGUUAAAUCUGUUAACAUUAUAUCGUUGGAGUGGAUGGAAAAACAAUGAAAGUUCUUCAGAUGGCUUCAAUUAAAUGCGGUAUCAAUUAUAUGGUACUCGUAGUUAUUAUUUAAAUAUAAUUAUGUUUUAGACGUAAUACAUUAUCAUUAUAUUUUUGUCACUGCUUGCUAAUUUUAUUCAGAAAAGCAGUUAUGGCCUUGAUAAUUUUCUUAUGAUUGAAGUUAAGCAUCUAGAAAAAAAAAACGAACACAGAAGCAGUAUUCGAUAUAAUUCAAACAUAGGCAAUGAUAAUCUUAUAAUCCAGUGCUUUUUGUUCUAGAAAAAUAGAUUGUAUGUUCAUCAAUGGCAAACAUUGAAGUUUAUGUUGAAGCCAAGAGAAAACAAAUAAAUACCUAUUUGAAAAUAUCGUAAA